UCAAACUAUAUCCUUUUCAUUUUUUUUUCUCUUAUUAAUUAUAAUAAUUCUUUCCAAGUUUAAUCCUUUAUAUUCACACCAUAUAUGGCAACAAAUUAAAAAAGCCGUCCCCAUAAUAAAUAAAUGUAUAUUUUUUCCACUUACAAAAAUCUGUCUUUAAAUUCAUUCUCUACCCCUUUCUCCACAACUCUAUACCUCUCUCUUCUCUCUGUCCUUGGUUUUUCAGAGUCUCAUCGUCUCUGAUUCUUUGUUUUUCUUCCGUUGAUAAAACACAGGACAAAAACUAUGUGCCACCACUCUUCAUCUCCUUCUUCUUGCUUGUGCGAUUAUGAUUCGAACCAGCCUAAAGUUUCGUCUGUUACAGUCCAAGACAGUAAUGAACGAACCCCUUUGAUUAAUUCAAAGACCACAGAUUUAUUAGAAUCCCAGACUCAAAACUCUCAAAGGUCCCAUCUUUCUGAGGCAGUUUCCGAAGCCAAAUGCAUAGCCAACAUAGCUCUUCCGAUGGUCCUAACGGGGCUUUUGCUCUAUUCUCGCUCACUCAUCUCCAUGCUUUUCCUGGGUCGACUCGGCGAGUUGUCUCUGGCUGGUGGGUCUCUUGCUAUAGGAUUUGCUAACAUUACAGGGUACUCUGUUCUCUCAGGACUCGCUAUGGGGAUGGAGCCCAUUUGUGGCCAAGCUUUUGGAGCAAAAAGGUUCAAACUUCUCGGCCUUACCUUGCAGAGAACUGUGAUUUUGCUUCUAUUGACUUCUCUUCCAAUAGCCAUUUUAUGGCUAAAUAUGAGGAGAAUCUUGUUACUCUGUGGUCAACAAGAUGAUAUAGCUACAGAAGCUCAAUCUUACAUAUUCUUUUCUCUCCCUGAUCUUAUUGCUCAAUCGAUUCUACACCCUUUGAGAGUCUAUCUCAGAACACAGUCCAUAACUCUCCCUCUCACCUUCUGUGCCACCCUUUCGAUCAUUCUCCACAUUCCCAUAAACUAUUUUCUCGUCUCUGUUCUAAAUCUGGGGAUUAAAGGGGUUGCAUUAAGUGGGGUUUGGACAAAUUUCAACCUUGUUGGGUCAUUGAUUGUGUACGUUGUAAUCUCAGGUGUGUAUAAGAAAACAUGGGUUGAGAUUUCCUCAGACUGUUUGAGAGCUUGGAAGUCACUUUUGAGUUUAGCAAUACCAAGCUGCAUUUCGGUUUGUCUCGAAUGGUGGUGGUAUGAGUUCAUGAUUUUGUUAUGUGGGUUGUUGCUUAAUCCUCAAGCAACCGUUGCUUCAAUGGGGAUUUUGAUUCAAACCACAGCUCUAAUGUACAUUUUCCCAUCUUCUUUGAGUUUUGGUGUUUCAACAAGGGUGGGGAAUGAGCUAGGGGCAAACAAUCCCCAAAGGGCUAAACUUGCAGCCAUAGUUGGGCUUUUGUACAGCUCUGUUUUGGGACUCUCGGCAUUGUUGUUUGCCGUAAUGGUGAGAAAUAUUUGGGCCAAAAUGUUCACACAAGAUGUUGAGAUCAUUGCAUUGACAUCAAUGGUUUUGCCCAUAAUUGGUCUUUGUGAACUUGGAAACUGCCCUCAAACAACCGGUUGUGGCGUUUUGAGAGGCACAGCUAGGCCUUCUCUCGGUGCUAAUAUCAAUUUGGGCUGCUUUUACCUUGUGGGAAUGCCGGUUGCUAUUUGGUUAAGCUUUUAUGUGGGGUUCGAUUUUACAGGGUUAUGGCUUGGUCUUUUGGCUGCUCAGAGCUCCUGUGUGGUCACCAUGUUGGUCGUUUUGGCUCGAACCAAUUGGGAAAUUCAAGCUCAAAGAGCCAAGGAACUCACAGGGAGUCAUGUCACACUUGAAGAAGUUGAUCUUGACCAUAAUCAUGAUUAUUAUGAUGAUGAUGAUGAAGUAAAAGAUUCUUUUUGUUCAUUACAUUUUGCAGAGUCUGAUGACCAUAGCAGUAGUAACAAUAAUAAUAACUCACAAGUGUGACUCAUUUGUAUGUACUUCUUUGAGACCUACUACAUUAACCAAAAUUGUGAAAAUGCUAGGGGUCAUCAUACUCAUAAUUCAUUUCAUUAUGAUUCUUAAUG